ACCUUUAGAUGUUGGAACUGAAUGAAGACCAGCCAAACCUGCUGGAAGUCAGCAUCCAUAAUGCAGUGGUUCUGCUGGCAUGUGGCAGUGAAGAUGAGCCUAGGAUUUCUGUGUCUUUUUCUGGUUUUCAGCACAGCUUCGUGCAUAAGAAGAGAAAAUAAGAAAGAGAAGCAAGUGGCAGUGCUGGCUACUGCAGAGCUGCCGGCAAAGACCCUGGACCUGGCUGCUAUUAACCUGACAGAGUUGGUGAAUGGGAUGCUGAGCUCUGCACUCAGAGGUACCAAAAAACUGUUCUCUUUGUUGAGUGUCACGUCUUACAGCUCAUUCGCCUUCCACAAAGUGUCAGUCACCAUUUAUAACAUCUCUAAUGCAAAAAAUGUUGACCCUGGCAAGUUCCCUAUGCACUACUGCUACUGUUUGAACAAUGUGACAAAUGACUUGACAGAUUUUACAGCUUUACUUGUUGACAUCACUGGAAACUCCACCAGUUAUCUCACAGAAAUUUUUAAAUCCACUUCUAUUCUCUCAGUACAUCAGAGCAAUGACUCAGAUUGUAUCUAUAUCUGUGUGAUGACAGGGCAGACAGGGAAAAAUCUCUCUGACUUUUGGGAAAUAUUAGAGAAGUCUCCUGUUAUUAAUUACACAUUUUCCAGUAACACAUCAUCUGACCUGGACCUAGAAUCGAUUUUCUCAAGUUUCGUGAAAUUACAGGAAGAGCCAAACAAGACCCUGGACCCAUCAGCAGAACAUGUGUGGACAUUUAAAACCACCAGGAUCCCUCUUGCCCAGAAAGGGGAGGAAAUCCCCACCACAAGGUUCUCACCGUGGCCAAAGACAGCUGGAGCAAAAGGACCCUGGUUUCCAUCACCCCAUGUGGAAGCUUCCAGAUCACAAGGCACAGCUGGAUCCCCUCCUACUCCUGGGAGGAGCUCGGUCCCCUCCCCAGCCCCACAGCCCAGCCCCACUGGCAUGCCCAUGUUUUGGAUGCAGACAGUGUCUCCACAAGAAACCAGCAACCAGAUGCAAACAGAGCCAGAUUUGCCUUCCUCAGUGCUGUCUGUGCCACCCUCCUACAGACCUGGUGUGACACUGAAACUUUACUCAGCAACCAGGUGCCCACAGGCAAUUCUCAGAGAACCUCGUGUGACCUCCCCUCCUGUCACUCUUAUAGUGCAGAAGAUCAACCCCUGUGUGAUGGAGCUCUGUAGGUUCUUUCAGCUGUGCCUCUGUGUUGGUCAGAGAAGAUAUUCCAGAAAGGAAGCCAUGAGGUACUGUGUUGAAUACUAUUCCUGGUUUGUGAAAAAUGCAAGUUAUGUCUGUGAAAGAGUCAAAAGAGUUACUUACUCCCACACCUUAAAACAAAAAUGCCUCAAAAACAUCUGUGCGUCAGUUUAGAGCAUUGAGAAAUGAUACUGCAAGUUGGAAGACUGUGGCAGUUUUAGUUGUCUUUUUUGAUUUCUCGGUGUAAACACCAGAAUGCAACAUGUUUUUUGCAAAUAUUUGUAAUAAGAAAAGCUAUUAACCAGAUGUUAAACCUAGAAACCUCUCUUCCUCCAAGGCAUUGUAAAAAUAAUGUGUACAAACAGAUAUAUUUUAUACAAGUGAUGUAACUACAAUAAAAGAAUUGAAAGGCUUUUAAAAAUCUUAUUUUAUAAAGGAUAUUUAUAUGGUUGGCCAGUAAAGGAAAAUAGUUUAUACUAGUUUUGUUUACAAUUAAGACAUAGUAAUCAACAUGAACAAAUACAAAAUAAUUUAAAAACAACCUGAAUUACUGAAGACAAGGAGGACUUUCCCUAGUGUUAAACACCGGCAGAUUAUCUUCUAAAUCAAGUUUCCCAGUAUUCAGCAACACAUGGAUUGCAGAGGUCAACCCAGGAAGUGUUCAGGCCUCUUGUACUUUCACUCUGGGACAUAUUUGUGUGAGGUCACCAGGAUUCAUAGAAACAGGGAAUCAUAGAA